UAUUAUUCAAAUUUAUCAAAUUAUUUGAAAAAAUUUAAGGCAAUCGAAAUGUUUUCCUCAUCCCCAACCCAAUCAGUCGGUAGCUUAACCAAAGAAAACAGAGCCGAACGAAGAAAUAGACUCCGCAGAAAAUUCAAGGCAAUUGUUCGACUGGUUAUAGCUAAUUUGUACUGGAUAGGAGACCCCGAAGAUGCUAAAAUAAGCGAUAAUGUACGAAGAAAUAUAAGAAUGCUAAUGAGAAGAAAGAAAGUAAAAAGUGUCUUAACCAUAAAGGAAAAAUCAAUUUUAAACAAACCAAAAGAGUAUAGAACUGAAGAAGACCAAAAAAUAUUGGCUAAAAGUAUAAGUGGACUUAAAUGUUUCAGAAAAUAUCCUUCCGGUGUGAAAGAAAAGUUAGCUGCCAUUACUUAUUUUUGCUACUUUCCAGCUGGAAGGGUUAUUAUCAAGCAGGAUCAUAUGCCCGAUGCUAUGUACUUCAUCUUACAAGGUGAAUGUUCAGUAACAAUAAGCCGUUACGACAACAUUCUUCAAGAGGUUAUAACAGACGAAGUAGGUGUCAUGACCCAAGGAAAUGUAUUUGGUGAAGUGGCACUCUUACAUGGUACCGGUAGACUGGCCACUGUUACCACAACGACUCAUUGUGAAUUCUUGAUGAUAAAGAAAGAGGAUUUCGACAACGUCCUCAAGGAAACUGUGGCGAAAUCAUGGGAAGCCAUAAAGGUGGAAAUUGAUAGAUUCAGUUAUUUCAAAAACUGGGAUAGUGUCACCAAAAGAGAGUGCUGCAUUAUGGCAAAAACAAGAAAUUACGAUACCGGAGAAAUAGUUUUAGGAGAUGAUAUUGGAUUCAAUAAUUAUGCGUAUUUGAUAACAAAAGGAACAUGUACUAUAAUAGAAAAUUUGCGAGUAUGGGUUAACGAACAAAAAGGAGUGAAAUACUUUAAACUUGAUCCUUUAUCAUCUUGUCCUUCCGAUCAAACGGAGACUGUGUCCAAAAUUUUCUCCAAAUAUUGGAAACGGGAUGGGAGAGUAUCGCAGGUUUCCACAAUUACUUCGGGAAGAUCCAAAGCGUCUACCAUCUUAUCGACUGCAACAAAUUCUUACUUUUCCUCGAAGGGAUCGAAACAAUCCAAACAAACAAGUUUUUUACUACCGCAGAAAGAAUUUAGAACGCCAUCUAAAGUGUCUUCUAUUUCUGCAUCUACUUUUUCGGAUUAUCCGGUCGCGUUAGAUCUAACUGAUUUCGAUGAAGAAAAUGAGUCGAUGGAGCAAAAAUCUAAUGAAGUGUUCUACGUGAACUAUGAAUUGGAAACACAUUUUAUACAACUUUGUGAAAUGCAUACGGGUGCCGUUUUCAAUGUUGGAGAAAAUUUGGAUAGGAGAAGAAUAGUGGCAGAAACUCCCGUUACCUGUCUUUUGAUACCUCGAUAUUUCAUAUUGAAAAAUAAUAUGGACAACAUGUGGACCAUAAUUAAACAAUUCUUAACCAAACAUAUACCGGAUACAAGAGGAGUCUAUGACCAUUACAUUAAGGAACAAAAAUUUAAAUUGUAUAAAAAAACACUCGUGAAGCAAAUAUUAGAAGAAAAAGUUCUGAGUAACGAUAAUUCCAUACAUAAUGUUCCGUACAGUAUACGGUUGAGAGAUGGUGUCGAUGCUAAUUACCUGUGAAGUUUUAUGAAAUAUACACUAUAUUUUCAAAAAAAUCACUUUCUGUUUAUUAUUUUAUGAUUAAAUUUUUGUCUCAGUUUAUUUGACUUGUUGAAAAAAAAA